AUGAAUUAAAAUGAUAAUAUAAGCAUAAAAUGCCCAAAUUCAGAGCAUACUAACAAUGUUAAAUUAGUAUGCUUUGAUGAAUCUUGUAAAGGAGAGAGAUUAUAUUGUAUAUAAUGUAUAAAAAAUGGAAUUCAUGUUUCUCAUUCUCAAAAUUAAGAAGAAUUGCCUAAAAUGUUUGAACAUAUUUAAAGAGUUGAAAUUGAAUGUGAUGAUUUAAUUAAUAAGAUGACUAAAUAAAUGGAUUUACUAUAAUAAGACUUCAAUUUAUUAAUUCAAGGAAUAAGAUCUAAAUAUUAAAUAUCUACACAAUAAUUCUUAAACUUAAAUUCUUAAUAAAUGAACUCUUACGUUUAAUAAAGUGUAAAUUUCAGAUCAUUUGAAUUUGCAAUCAAGUAAUUAUUAUAAAUAUGCAUAAAUCAAUUCUAAUCUUAAAUAGCAAAAUCAAUCUCUGAAUUACAAUUAACUGAAUUAAGUUAUUAUCAAAUAUCUAACUUAUAUUUAAAUAAAUCAGAAGAAUUAUAUUAAAAAGGUAUUAAAUUUAUAAUUUAGGAUAUAAACUAUAUUCGGAUGAUAAAUAAUAUGAUGAGGCUAUUAAAAUAUUAGAUAAAGCAUUAAAUUUUAAUUCAAAGCAUUAAUUUGCAUUAUGGUGUAAAGGUAUGAUUAAUUUUUAGUGUAUUAGCGGAGAGUUUAAGAAUGCUUGGUUAAUAUAAUGAAGCAAUCAUUAGCGCCGAUAAAGCUUUGUAAAUAGAUCAAAAAAAUUGCAAUUCAUUAUACAGUAAAGGUAGAUUAUAUUUUAAUGCAUUAGCGGAGAGCUUAAGAAUGCUUGGUUAAUAUAAUAAAGCAAUCAUUUGGGCAGAUAAAGCUUUGCAAGUAAAUCCAAAAUAGUGUAAUUUAAUAAGUACUAAAGGUAUGAUCAUAAUUUAAUGUAUUAGUGGAGAGUUUAAGAAUGCUUGGUUAAUAUAAUAAAGCAAUCAUUUGGGCAGAUAAAGCUUUAUAAGUAGAUCCAAAGCAUUGCUAUUCAUUAUAUAGUAAAGGUAUGAUCAUAAUUUAAUGUAUUAGCGGAGAGUUUAAGAAUGCUUGGUUAAUAUAAUGAAGCAAUCAUUUGGGUAGAUAAAGCUUUGUAAGUAGAUCCAAAGGAUUGUUUUUCAUUAUAUAGUAAAGGUAUGAUUCUAUUUUAAUGUGUUAGCGGAGAUUUUAAAAAUGGUUGGUUAAUAUAAUGAAGCAGUCAUUUGGGCAGAUAAAGCUUUGCAAUUAAAUCCAAAACAUUGCAAUUCAUUAAGCACUAAAGGUAGAUUAUAUUUUAAUGUAUUAGCGGACAGUUUAAGAAUGCUUGGUUAAUAUAAUGAAGCAGUCAUUUGGGCAGAUAAAGCUUUGCAAUUAAAUCCAAAACAUUGCAAUUCAUUAAGCACUAAAGGUAUGAUAAUAUUUAAAUAUAUUAGCGGAGAGUUUAAGAAGGCUUGGUUAAUAUAAUGAAGCAAUAAUUUGGGCAGAUAAAUCUUUAUAAGUAGAUCCAAAGGAUUUUUUUUCUUUACGCAUAAAAGGUAUGAUUAUAUAUAUUUGUUUUAAGGCGAUUCAUUAAGAUUAUUGAAAGAUUAUAAGGAAGCUUUAAAAGCAAGUGAUUAAUCUCUAUCAAUCAACCCAAUUCAAUACAAAUGA